GGUCAUAUGACCUUAUUCCCGGCUCUGACAAAAGAUCUUGGGAUGAAGUCGUUUUCUGCAGCGUCGGUGCUCGAUUUAACGAAGCCUCCGGAUAUUGAGGGUUUUACUCCAUUCCCCAAACCCAAGGAGGAAGGUUUUCAAGAAAAGUUCAUAAGGAAAACGAAAGAAAACCCGUUCGUUCCAAUCGGAAUGUUGGGCACAGCAGGUGCUCUUACCUACGGUUUGAUCGCCUUUAAACAUGGCAAGACACGACAAUCUCAGCUGUUAAUGCGAGCACGUAUCUUUGCCCAAGGUUUCACUGUUGCUGCUAUCUUGGUGGGUGUGGUAGCUACCGCAAUGAAGCGCAAGGUCUAAGUAGUUAUUCUACUCAAUUGGUCUGUGUCCAGGAGUAUCUGAAACUAACAUUGCGAAAUAGGAGGAAUUUUCAGUCCUAUUUAAUAAUUGAAAUAUGCAACUGGAAACUCACUCUAGAAAUAAUUUCAGCACAAAACAUUGAUAAUUUAAAUUUAGGGACUUCUCAGUACCAAACAUUUUAAUGAGUAAUACAAACUAUGGUAUAACUGAAUAUUUCUGUUGCAAAGGAGACUCUCAAAGGGGUGGUAAGCAGAAUAUAAAGCAAGAUUUGGAGUCCUAGCCCAUAAACAAAUAAGGUCAGCACUCAGUCUUGUUUUACAUUCUUCCCACCACCCUUUUACAUGUGUAUUUUCUUUCGUCAUGCACAAUUCACAUUUGAGAUUUUUUUUUGCUCCUCACCUUUGCUGAUCUGUGCUUGUUUGACUUUGAUUCAUCUUGUGGGGAACUGCCAGGCUCAUUUUUACACAACUGGUGUUUGGUUUUGUCUAAAAUUAUAAACUUCCUGAUGUCAACUUGCUGCACUUGCUAAAAAUAUCAAAAAUGCGUAAUGUGUGUAAAGGUUGAAACAAAACAAAUUUGUUAAGGAGCAACAUGUAUUUAAUCUAUCACUGCUGGCGUAUGCCUGUGUACUUUUUAAGACACCAUAUAAUGUAUAUUUUAUUAGAUUGAAAUGUGCUUCAAAAGUUGUUUUGAAAUGGUGUUUUGAGACAUGCAAUGGAAAUAAUUAAACAUUUGUUUACCAUCUAGAA